AUGGCUUCCAACUUCAUCUCGAGAUUCGCAGGCUCGAACCAUGCUUCGGCCUCCAUCUACGAGACCCUCCGAGAACAUGACGAAGAUGCAGAUGCUUCUGAUGUGGAAGAAAGAGCUGGUCUCGUGGCGGGCCCUCACAAUGUAAGAGAUGGAUUCCAUGACAUAGGCACAAGCAACGCAGCAAUCGGUCAGAGUCGCGUUGGUCCUCGUCUUAAUGAGGGCCUCAGCAACAGUCGCGGACAUUCAAGAGGCUCAAGCAAAGGAAAGAGCAGGGCUACAAUCAAAUCAAGAUACCCCAGGCCCCAUAAGCUGUUGGAUGUCGAAGAGGUGGAUGAUGAUGUACCAGCGUCGCUGCUGAUCGACCACAAUGCUGGUACUCACGAUUCUGACUCAAUCUCUCUUCCUCCACCACCGAGUCAAUUCUCAGACGGCCUCCCUUUACCGGAGGACAUCAAUCUUGACCGCUCCAGCCAACAUCCGCACUCACGGACUCACGGCGGCAACAACCAGAGGUAUGGUAACGCUCCGAUCCACCCAAUUUGGGGAGGAGGCCUCGCCAAUGCGGAUCCCAGAGAGAAGGCCAUGUUCCGAUGGGUCAACGUGACAGAUUUGGAUAACUUCCUGCUUGAUGUCUACAACUAUUACCUCUGCCAUGGUUUCUGGUCUAUGCUGUUGAUGCGGUUUUUCAACCUCAUUACCGUCGCCUUUGUUGUCGGAUUCUCCCUGUUCCUCACCCAGUGUAUCGACUACCAAGAAAUCAAAGGCAGUACCAAGAUGUCGGAAAUACUCAUCCCACGAUGUGCCAGCAAGAUGGGAUUCAUACCAAACGCAUUGCUCUGGAUAUCGAGUUUUGUCUGGCUCUGGAACUUGGUUCUUUCCUUUUUCGAUAUCUUUCGCUUAAGGCAAAUGCAUGAUUUCUACCUGUAUCUACUCGACAUUCCCGAAACCGAAAUCCAGUCAAUAUCGUGGCAAGAAGUCGUCAGCCGCCUGAUGGCGUUGAGAGACUCGAAUCCCACAAUUACCUCUACCUUUAGAAAGCCGGGUGGCUAUCUGAGGUCCCAGGACAAACAGCGUAUGGAUGCUCAUGACAUUGCGAGCCGGCUAAUGCGAAGGGAGAACUACAUGAUUGCUAUGAUGAACAAAGAUCUCCUCGACCUGACGCUACCUAUACCGUUUCUUCGCAAUCGCAAGCUCUUUACUCGCACUCUAGAGUGGAACAUCGAGUUGUGCAUAAUGGACUUCGUUUUCAAUCGCAAGGGACAAGUGCGGCCGUUGUUUCUCAAGGACACACACCGCAAGAGUCUCUCGGAUGCUUUGCGAAAGCGUUUCAUCACCAUGGGCAUAGUGAGCCUUGUUUUCGCACCUUUCCUGGCGGGAUUUGCUCUUACCAAGCACUUUUUCCAGAAUUUCAAUGAGUAUCAGAAGAACCCCGCUCAAAUUGGGUCUAGAGAAUAUACUCGAUUUGCUCAGUGGAAAUUCCGCGAGUUCAAUGAGCUCUAUCACUUGUUUCAGAGACGCAUCAACAUGUCUUAUCCGUUUGCCACGAGAUACCUCAACCAAUUUCCAAAGGACAAGACCAUCCAAACCGCAAAAUUCGUUAGCCUGGUUUCGGGUGCCGUGGUUUCUGUGUUGGGCCUUGCGACCAUCCUGGAUCAAGAGAACUUUUUGAACUUCGAGGUGACUCCCGGUCGAACCACUAUCUUCUACAUUGGCAUCUUCGGCUCGAUAUGGGCCGUGGCACGUGGCCUUUUACCUGAUGACAACAUGGUGUACGAUACCACCUUCUCCAUUCAAGAAGUGAUCGAGUUUACUCAUUAUGUCCCGGCGCACUGGGAAGGCCGACUUCACACGGUGGAUGUCAAGGAUGAAUUCUCACAGUUCUAUCAGAUGAAGGUGGUCAUCUUCCUCGAAGAGGUCCUCAGCAUGAUCUUCACGCCAUUCGUGUUGUGGUUCAGUUUGCCCAAAUGCAGCGAGCGAAUCAUCGACUUCUUCCGUGAGUUUACAGUCCACGUCGAUGGGAUUGGAUAUGUCUGCUCUUUUGCAGAGUUUGGCUUCAUGGAGAAAGCAAUUAGACCACAAGCCGCGACAGCCACGAAAGCAGAAGAGGCGGCGAGGAAUGCAAAUGAGCCUGGCAAAGCACCCGGAGCUUAUUUGAGAGACGACUAUUUCGCGCCGAAGGAUAAUAAGUUGGAGCAGAGCUAUUGGGGCUUCAUGAACGAUUACGCACGCAACCCGAAAACAGAUAUUCGAUUUCCUUAUUAUCAUCACCACUCACGUCGCCCAUUGCACAUGCCCCCACCGGUCCCUGGGCUGCUCUCACCCACCUUUCCUCCUGGCGAACAAGAAAAUAAUUUUAGCGGCAAUGAUGGUCAUCGACGUGGUGUAGGCCUGGGGCUUUUGUCGCCACCGAAUCGAGCUGCAUUGGGUACACCCCGAGUCGGGGCUCAGCACCAUGGAGGCCAAGGCCAAGUUCAGCUGCAUUCCGCUCAGCCUCUCGGGUCACCCCUGCAGUCGUUGUUGCUCGACCCUCACCACCAACCCUCAGCCAGCGGAUUUGGAGGUUCACCGCCAGCAGUAAGACAUCGUUCUUCAGGCGCAACAGGCAAACCGCGUCGUGAUCGUGAUUCUUUACAGGAUAUGGCUGAGGAAAUGCAACCCAAUGGCGUCCGUCAUAGGUGCGCGCAGGCUGACGAUGCACCGUUAGCUGCAGUGGCUGAGCAACCUGUUUCUCUAAGCAGGACCAACGAAGCGGGAGAGCUUGGAUCAUGGAAAUACGAGGUCGAGUCAUCCUCGGAAGCAGGCAGUGAUGAUGAGGACGGCGACAAUGAUCCCAAUGCGAUUACAGCGCUGGGGGCGUUGGGGCCACUUGGAUUGAUUCGACAGUUUCAGAAAGCUCAGAAUCAAGAGAGUGGACGAGCAAGAGCGACUGGUACGGGAAUCUAG